GGAUAAUGAGCGCAGUGCGGCAGUUUUCAGUGGCGAGUCUCGAACUCAGCAAUGGCCUCUGCUCUUUCGCUUUGUAUUCUCGCACCGAAGCUUUCUUACAGUCGGACUCCAAUUGAUUCAAGAUUAAACUCUUCUGUCAUUUCCCAUGCUUUCUCCUCUCUGACUCUCUCCUCGAGGAAAACUUGUGGGCUGUCUUUUAUCUCGAAAUCGGCGGAUACAGAGGCUUCGGUGAUAGAGUUCGAAACCCAGGAACCUGUACCAGAAACUGAGCCUGCUGUUGAAGAAGCUUCUGAGUCUGCUGUUGAAGAAGCAUCUGAGCCAAAACGUGAGGAAGUAUUUGCUGUUGUCAUGGUUGGGUCUCGGCAAUACAUUGUAUUCCCUGGACGGUACAUCUACACCCAGAGGCUCAAAGGCGCAAAUGUGAAUGACAAGAUUACCCUAAAUAAAGUGUUGCUUGUGGGAACAAAAACAAGCACGUACAUUGGAAAACCCAUUGUGCCAAAUACAAAAGUUCAUGCCAUUGUUGAAGAGCAAACAUUGGAUAAGAAGGUAGUCAUCUUCAAGUACAAAAAGAAGAAAAACUACAGAAGAAAUAUAGGGCACAGACAGCCGAUUACAAGGAUAAGAAUAACAAGCAUAGAAGGAUAUCAAGACACACCAGCUGUAACCCUUGACUAGAUUCCACAUAUCUCAGGAGGGAUAGGUGAAUAUUUGAUAGUUUGUUUAUUCCAUUGCAUAUCAUGUUGUAUAAUCCAUGAGCCUCGCUAUCCGCUGGGACUUUUUAUAAAUGUGAGCUUGUACUUUGCAUGACCGUGCUGCGCCAAUGCUUAUUCAGUUAUGAUCUCCAUGUAUGUUACUUGAGGCAUAUAUUUUUGUCAUAGUAAUUUCAUUUGCUUUCUGAUUCA